ACGCAAAUUCCCCAAGUUUGUAUCCAAAGAAAUGGAAAACAUGUACAUCGAGGAGCUGAAGUCGUCCGUCAACCUGCUCAUGGCCAACUUGGAGAGCAUGCCGGUGUCCAAGGGCGGCGAGUUCAAGCUUCAGAAGCUCAAGCGCAGCCACAACGCUUCCAUCAUCGACCUGGGCGAGGAGAGCGAGAACCAGCUCUCCAAGUCAGACGUCGUGCUGGCUUUCUCCUUGGAGGUGGUGAUCAUGGAAGUGCAAGGCCUCAAAUCCUUGGCUCCCAAUCGCAUUGUGUACUGCACAAUGGAGGUGGAAGGGGGAGAGAAACUACAGACGGACCAGGCCGAGGCAUCUAAGCCCACCUGGGGCACCCAGGGCGACUUCUCCACGACCCACGCGCUGCCUGCUGUGAAGGUGAAGCUGUUCACAGAGAGCACCGGCGUCCUGGCCUUGGAGGACAAGGAACUUGGGCGGGUUAUUCUCCAUCCCACCCCGAACAGCCCCAAGCAGUCAGAGUGGCACAAAAUGACAGUCUCCAAAAACUGCCCCGAUCAAGACCUCAAAAUCAAACUCGCUGUCCGAAUGGAUAAGCCUCAAAACAUGAAGCAUUCUGGGUAUUUAUGGGCCAUCGGCAAGAAUGUCUGGAAGAGAUGGAAGAAAAGGUUCUUUGUGUUGGUGCAGGUCAGUCAGUACACCUUCGCCAUGUGCAGUUACCGGGAGAAGAAAGCGGAGCCUCAGGAGCUGCUGCAGCUGGAUGGCUACACUGUGGAUUACACCGACCCCCAGCCAGGUUUGGAAGGUGGCCGAGCCUUCUUCAAUGCAGUCAAAGAAGGAGACACCGUGAUAUUUGCAAGUGAUGACGAGCAAGAUCGCAUCCUGUGGGUCCAAGCCAUGUACCGGGCCACUGGGCAGUCACACAAGCCUGUGCCCCCGACCCAAGUGCAGAAACUCAACGCCAAGGGAGGGAACGUGCCCCAGCUGGAUGCCCCCAUAUCCCAAUUCUCUGGACUGAAGGACGCAGAUAGAGCUCAAAAGCAUGGCAUGGAUGAAUUUAUCUCGUCCAACCCCUGUAACUUUGACCACGCUUCCCUCUUUGAGAUGGUGCAACGCCUUACUUUGGAUCACAGACUUAAUGAUUCCUAUUCUUGCCUGGGCUGGUUCAGUCCUGGCCAGGUGUUUGUGCUAGAUGAGUACUGUGCCCGGAACGGAGUCCGCGGGUGUCACCGGCAUCUCUGCUACCUCAGAGACCUGCUGGAGCGGGCGGAGAACGGCGCCAUGAUCGACCCCACCCUCCUCCACUACAGCUUUGCCUUCUGUGCAUCCCAUGUCCACGGGAACAGUCAACAAAUGCAUGUGUACCUUAGUGGGCUGCCACCACACACAGACCCUGAAGGGAGCAAAACUCCCUCCCCAUCUGAACCAGAGGCUAAAAAAGACACAAAAAAGGAAUGUAAAAGAAGAAAAGAUUUCAAAACUCAGGCAAACCCAGAGCCCAAAAGGCCCGAUGGGAUCGGAACUGUGACUGUGGAAGAAAAGGAACGUUUUGAAGAAAUCAAAGAGAGACUCCGAGUUCUGUUGGAAAAUCAGAUUACACAUUUUAGGUACUGCUUUCCAUUUGGUCGACCUGAAGGUGCUUUGAAAGCUACUCUCUCACUCCUGGAAAGGGUUUUGAUGAAAGACAUCGUUACCCCAGUGCCACAAGAGGAGGUAAAAACAGUCAUCCGUAAAUGUCUAGAGCAGGCUGCUUUAGUCAACUAUUCCCGGCUAUCAGAGUAUGCCAAAAUCGAAGGGAAAAAGAGAGAAAUGUAUGAGCAUCCUGUCUUCUGCUUGGCCUCCCAAGUGAUGGAUUUAACCAUUCAGAAUCAAAAGGACGCAGAAAAUGUAGGCCGGUUAAUCACUCCCGCCAAAAAGCUCGAAGACACAAUCCGUCUCGCUGAACUAGUCAUUGAGGUUCUCCAGCAGAAUGAGGAGCAUCACGCAGAGCCACAUGUUGAUAAAGGAGAAGCCUUUGCGUGGUGGUCGGACUUGAUGGUGGAGCACGCCGAGACGUUCUUGUCGCUCUUCGCGGUGGACAUGGAUGCAGCGUUAGAGGUGCAGCCGCCAGACACGUGGGACAGUUUCCCACUGUUCCAGCUGCUGAAUGACUUUCUGCGCACCGACUAUAAUCUGUGCAAUGGAAAGUUCCACAAGCACCUGCAAGACCUGUUUGCCCCACUUGUGGUUAGAUAUGUGGAUCUGAUGGAGUCCUCAAUUGCACAAUCCAUUCACAGGGGCUUUGAGCGGGAGUCAUGGGAACCAGUCAAGAGUUUAACCAGUAACCUACCCAAUGUGAACCUACCCAAUGUGAACCUUCCCAAAGUACCAAAUCUACCAGUUAACAUCCCUCUAGGCAUCCCACAAAUGCCUACUUUUUCGGCACCGUCAUGGAUGGCUGCUAUAUAUGAUGCUGACAACGGAUCAGGCACCUCGGAGGAUCUGUUCUGGAAGCUCGAUGCCCUUCAGACCUUCAUUCGGGACUUACACUGGCCCGAGGAAGAGUUUGGGAAGCACCUGGAGCAACGGCUGAAGCUGAUGGCAAGUGACAUGAUAGAAUCUUGUGUCAAAAGAACCAGGAUUGCAUUUGAAGUUAAGCUGCAAAAAACCAGUCGAUCAACAGAUUUUCGAGUCCCACAGUCAAUAUGCACCAUGUUUAAUGUUAUGGUUGAUGCCAAAGCUCAAUCAACAAAACUUUGCAGCAUGGAAAUGGGCCAAGAGCAUCAAUACCAUUCAAAAAUAGACGAACUAAUUGAAGAAACUGUUAAAGAAAUGAUAACACUCUUGGUGGCAAAGUUUGUUACUAUCUUGGAAGGAGUGUUGGCAAAAUUAUCCAGAUAUGACGAAGGGACCUUGUUUUCUUCUUUCUUGUCAUUCACCGUGAAGGCAGCUUCCAAGUAUGUGGAUGUACCUAAACCCGGGAUGGAUGUGGCCGAUGCCUACGUGACUUUCGUCCGCCACUCUCAGGAUGUCCUUCGUGAUAAGGUCAAUGAGGAGAUGUACAUAGAAAGGUUAUUUGAUCAAUGGUACAACAGCUCCAUGAGUGUGAUCUGCACCUGGUUGACGGACCGGAUGGACUUACAGCUUCACAUUUAUCAGUUGAAAACACUAAUUAGGAUGGUAAAGAAAACCUACAGGGACUUCCGAUUGCAAGGGGUCCUGGACUCGACCUUGAACAGCAAGACGUAUGAAACCAUCCGGAACCGUCUCACUGUGGAGGAAGCCACGGCGUCAGUGAGCGAGGGCGGCGGCCUGCAGGGCAUCAGCAUGAAGGACAGCGACGAGGAGGAUGAAGAGGACGAUUAGAAGGCCCGGGCCUGGACCCUGUAACCAAUGCAUGUCCUUAGUCUGUUAGUUACCCCCUUAGGGAAUUUUCUGUCCCCCACCACGCCCAUGAGAUGUUUACCAAUACAAUUGCCAUUUUAGCUCUGUGGUAUCAAGAUUAGCAAAUGACCUUCAAGCCCCCCCAUCUCCUGACCCACGACUAUAUGUUUACAGCGAUCUGGAGCACCAUUCUUUAAGUCCUGUUCAUGGAGACCACGUAGUCCCACUGCUAGGCGUGUCCCUUUGCCAGCAAAGUCCAAUGAUGCUUCAUUAACGUACCGUGUAUGCGUUGACAGUGAAUGGAUGUGAGGGCCAGUUCACCCCGUACUUUCACUUCUUUGUUUCACGUAUGUGGAUGUCAGUUAUUUAAAUGAGUAUAAUAAAUAUUUAAUUAAGACACAUAGUUCCGCUUUGUUUUUUGAGAAACAAGAGGCAAUGCUCCAACAACCAACGUUUGGUUCUCUCUGUUCCCUUCAAGCUAAACAAUGAACCCCUGGUGACCUUGUUACCACCCUUUCCUUUCUCCUCAUAGUUAGCCAAAACAGGAUGGCUACGUACCUGUAGGUUGAUCCUCCUCAUUGCCAUGGCAAAGGUUAUCCUACCGAGACUCCACAUCAAGCACAGUUCCGAGCAACUGUCUUCUGUCCAACUUUAUCCUAUUACAUGUUACAUUAUGCUUUUCUGUUUCAAUAACCGUGUAUGUAAAAAAAACUGAGUAUUUAAAUUACAACCCUAGGCUAUACCUGUGUUUAUAAUAAGAUAUGGGUAUUUCCCUCAGUAGACUGUAACCAUGAUUUCAAUGGUUUGGUUCCACCUGUUUUUUAUAUCUGUCAUGUACAUUGCAUUUUGACCUGUAACUGCACGACCCUGGGGUCCGCUGCAGAGCUCUUUCUUUCUGUGUAAACUAGUGGAUCCAUCCUGCUUUUGCCUUAUAUAAAGCCUACAGUUAUGAAAGUGUGAACAACUGUGGCUUCUCAAUAAAGAACUAUUCAAACGUCCGAA